AUGCCUCCAAAGAGAGCGAAAACUGGCGAGGCUGCCAAGAACCAGAAGGACGGAGCCACCGCCAGGAGUGCGCCCGAGGAUCUCAACAGAAUGCUUGAGGCGGAGAUGCUCACCCUGGAAGUUCAGCUGCAAGAAACAGAUGACCGGCUGAUGGACACUUUGAAACAGGAGAAUCUUCUCAAAGAAAAGAUUGCAAGCUCUUGCCACUGUAGACGCGCGUUCCAGAAUCCGGACGCUGGAGGGGGAGGUGGUUGUCGCGGAAAACACACCGCUAUCCGGGUUCUGCUGCGUUCGAGACAGUGUGAGCAAUAUGAAGAAGAUCUCAAGGCAGAGGAGCGGCGGCGCCUUGACAUCUGCGCCGACCUUGUGCGUAGACACAAAGCUCUUCAACAUGAGUGCGCCAAUCAGAUAGAAGCCAUGCAAGCUACGCUCCAAGGACAGAAACGCGACUACGUCGACCAGAUGGCGCUGCUGAAGCAGCUGGCCGCGGCGCGAGAUAAAGAAGUCGCAGAACACGACGCUCGCAUAAAAGCUGUGAAACUCAAGAUGGAUCGCGUGUCGGAGGAGUUUGUGCGGCUGCUCACGGAGAUCCAAGAUGUCAUGACCGAGCGCCUGAAGUCGCCUCUCCUCGACGCGCGUGACGAGACUCAACGCUUUUCCGAGGUUCUCGAAGCUAGCAAGGGACAGUACUUUAAAAAACUCGGCGAAAUCAUCCGCGAUCGCGAGGAGAAACACCCCCUCGGCAGCGGCUGGAGAGGAGCGGGAACGAAGGCGCCGAAAGCUGUGCGCGCACUGGGUGUUUCCUAG